AUGACCGCCACCGUAUCACUCUUCGAGCGCAACAAGCGUUUCUACCUCGAGGAAGAGUCGAAGCUGCAGGCUAUCGUGAGCGGUGACCAGUUCCUCCGCACGUUCCAGUCAUGGCUCGAUCAGAGCAUCUCGCAGCUGGACUUCCGGUACGAGCGAUGCGAGCAGCAGUUAUCGGAGCUGCAGCAGCACGUGACGGCGCCGAAAGGCGCCUUCUGGAACAGCAAGGCUGUCAUUGAGCACUGCAACUUGCACAUGGCGGAGCGCCGGCUUGUGCGCCGCAACAUUGAGCUGGACGGGGAUCAGCACGCAGAGCUGCCGGCGGUGAUUCAGCUCGUGUCGACGUUGCAGCAGACCAAGUCGCGCGCCUUCAUCACCCCAAAGCAGCGCCGCUUCAUCGAGGAGUGCGAGGCGGAGCUGAAGUCUGUCGUCUUCGAGCCACGUGACCUCGUCUUCAUCACCAACGCGCUGCAGACGAAACUCAUCGACGAGGGCAAUACGCAUGGCGUCUUUGGCGACCUGACCGUGUUUCAGACCACGAUUGAGGAGCUCUCGCCGGAUAUCGAUCAGUGCGAGCAGCUGCUGGAGGCGAGCAUCGCGAAUGGUGAGAUGGGCCUCGCCGAGGACAUCUCGAAGCGCCAGCUGGACGUGUAUGAGCACAUUUUGCGCCUCAUCACGGACCAGUACCCGGUCAUCUCUAACUACUACGCCGAGUCGCGCAACAGCGAGCGUCGGCGGCGCUGGGCAGUGUUCCGCAUGGUGGACCGCGAUAUCACCGCCGUCAUCGAGGCGAAGCACCGCCAGAUCGAAGCCUGCGAGGAGGACAUGCUCAAAAUACAGGAGCAGAUGGCGAACUACAACUCCGAUGACGCGCAGCAGCGCAAGCGCUAUGAGGCCGACCGCGCCGAGUCCGACGAGUUCCUGCAGCAGAACAAGGAGAAGCAGCAAGGCGUGUGGAACCGCAUCUUCACCCUCUUUCAGGAUCUGCAGACGUGCUCGAGUGAGCUGGCGACUCUGGCGCAGCAGCGGCACAAGGAGGUGGAGCGGCGGCUCGAGAUGGAGGAGCGCGAGGCGGGGCGGCGGAGCGGGCACGAGAGCUUCCUGCAGGCCGCCGCGGAGCAUGCGCAGAAGCUGCAGGACACCAUCGACAAUGCCGCUGCCGCGCGUGACGUCGCGACAUCGCUCAACGACUUUGCGCUGGACGGCUGCGACAACAUUGCUGCCAAGUAUGACAAACAGCAGAGCGCGCUCGGGGAGAUGCUGCGGGUCGUGCAGCAGCACCAUUUUAAACGCUUCUCCGACUACUACAUCGCCGCCAGCCGCUACCUCUACCGCAAGGAGAGACGGGUAGAGCACAUGGACGAGGAAAUGCGGGCGAACAACAUGCACCGCGAGAUCCUCUCCGACACAUUCGAUCCGCACGCGAAGGUGUAUGUGGAGGCGGACCAGCGGCUGGCGCUGCAGCGGCACGAGGUGGCGGAGGAAGUGAUGCGCAUCCGGCACAAGCUAGAGCGGGCAGAGCGGGCCGUCACACCGACCUUGAGAUCGCUCGACUUUGCUGGCAUCGCGUACGUGCACCCUCGCAUUAUUGUAGAGAAGAUGAACCUCAGUCGCUGGAGCACCAUCCUAGACUACCGCACCCUCAUCAACUCGGAGAGCGACGGUGCAGCGACGGUUGUGCGCGAGACGGCCGCGAUCAAGAAGCUGCGGAGCGAUAUAGAGGCGCAGAAGCUGUCGACGCGCAACCAACAUCGACACCAGCAGCGGCUGUGCAAUGCGCGGAAAGUUGCCGACAUGACAUCCUCAAGGACGCGCGGGUCGGUGCAACGCGCUGGUGAUGCUGCGGACAUCAAGCCGACCGUAACAGGCACAUCAUCAGUCAAGUCAUCGGCACUGGGCUUCGUUGAGCGCGUGCACGCUAUGGUUCAGCAGGACAGUACGCGCUCUGGCAACGUCAGUGGUACAAACAUAUCGUCGUCCUCGAAGGGCAUGGCAAGCGGUGCGGUCACCUCGCCUCACACUUCGCGGCCGGUAGCAUAUUCGACGACGAACGCGGUGAAGAGCGAUGGCUCCGUCAUCCACACGAGCGCCGCUACUGCCGUCGCGGCCGUAUCUGCUGCCCCUGCUGCGCCACCGCCGACGCAUAUGGAAGGGACGACGUUCCAGGCGCUCUUCGCCUACCGCGCCCGCGCGCCGGAUGAGCUGACCUUUGAGGCCGGGCAACAAAUCGUGUGCAUCAGCCGCGCGCCGGAGGAGGGUUGGUUUAAAGGCGUGUGUAACCAGCGCACCGGACUGUUCCCGAUCAACUACGUCCAGCCUGUGCGUGAGUCACCCGAAGCACCGUGA